AUGCCAUCAAUUCGACUUGAUAAAUCUUCGUGGCAUCAUAUUAAAGCGUUGCAGUUAGCAGACCCAAAUUGUCACAAACCUGGUCCAGUCGAUCUUCUUAUAGGUGCGGAGUGCUUUGCUUCGCUUCUGUUGCCGGGAUCAAUUAAAGGUGACUCCAAUCAACCGUCAGCUCUUAAUUCCGUAUUCGGUUGGCUGCUGGUCGGGAAUGUCGGAUACGUAGAGCCUGAAGCACACUCGUUCUUCGUUCAUGAGGAGCCACAACUUCAUGAUGAGUUAAAGAAAUUAUGGCAGCUGGAGGAAUUGAGCGUUUUUCCUUCGAAACCUCUCACCGUCGAAGACGAGAGAUGCGAGCAAAUCUUCAAAGACCUUCAGGUAAGAGAUCCCGCUGGUCGAUACAUUGUAUCUUUGCCUUUCAGAAACGAAGAGCACGAGACUACCUUUCCCGGAUCUCGUGAUACAGCUUUGAGGUGCUUUCAUUCAAUUGAGAAACGCCUCCUCAAGAACAUGGAGUUGUAUGAAAAAUACUGUGACUUCAUGAAGGAAUAUCUCGAUCAGGGUCACAUGAGCCUUGUACCGACUGAAGAAUUGAGUAUCGGAAAAUACUUCAUUCCUCAUCAUUUUGUACUCCGUACGGAGAGCAGCACUACUCCUCUUCGUGUUGUAUUCAACGCCUCCGCAAAGAUGCGAGAGGACUAUCGUUAA